AUGACGCCUACCAUCGAGGACAGGCUUAAGAGCCUGGAGGAGGACUUCGCCAAUCUCCGCAGCUGCGUUUGCUUGUUGCUGGAUCAAUUCCAACCUUUACAACCACCCACACCAGAGAGAACCACGCCCAGAACGCGGUCUCGACAGCCUGAUAAUGCAUCUACGGGGCUGGACUGGGCAUUUUCAAUCAGCGCUGCAUUCGAACGCUUGUCAUGCGAGAUCGCUGACUUGAAAUUUAUCGCGACCGCAACAACCUCAGUUCCUGACGAGAUAAGCCCCGAUAAGAGCAAGGAGAGCCACCAAACAACCUUGAACAUCCAAACUAAGAGACCCGGGCCGAAUAAGAAUAUGAAUGGAAUUAGGAAUGGGAAAGUCAACUCUGCGGGACUUUCCAUUGCUGGAGAGGCAUUGUCUGGAUCCAGUGAAUCAUCUAACGCAAGCAAUAAUAGUGAUUCAGAAUCUUCAAGCAACCUUCAUACGGAUGACUCGGAACGAAUCGACGAGGGUAACAUGAUACGGCCGAAGCCAAGUCGGUUUCAUCUCACGCAAGACGACAUGGGCUGCAACCUCAUACCCAGCAUUAUGCGAUGCCGUGAGGACCCUCUGUUCGCUGGCAAGCUCACUGCAGAGCUCCCUUUCGUUGCCUGGAGCAAGAUUCUCGGGAGUCUUACGUCGAUCACUGGAAACGACCAUCAACUUGGAGUACGAUUCAAGGCGCAGAAGGGGUUGACUAACCUCUGGAGCGCCGCUCCCCCACGCGACUCCCUCCAGGCAAUACCAGUGCCUCCGGAGGCCGACCUAGAAUAUCGGCAAGGCCUAGAGAUGUUCCUUGACAACGUCAUCGAAAAGCCGCCAAAGACAGAGAUACCUUACUACGUUGGCCCAGCAUUACACUACAAGGGCAUGUUAAGUGCGGGCGCUGACCUAGAGAAGCUCCCGCAGCUGGAUGGCGUUAACAAACAUUACAUCCAUAUUGGGGACAAGAACUCAGGCACUGCUUUCCAUCGCGAAGAUGGCGGACUGCGCUCAUGCAACCUUACUGUGUAUGGGAUCAAAGUCUGGAUCCUAAUUCACAUCGACGAUAACGACAAAUUUGAGAGUUUUGUGCGCGAGCAGCCCCUGAACAAUAAUUGCGCUCAAUUCGUUCGUCAUCUGUCCAUGCUCGUUUCUCCGAAAACCCUCCACGAGCACGGCAUCAGGUUCCAGGUUUGCUGCACCGGGCCAGGGGAGAUGAUUCUUAUGGAGCCUGGCCAAUACCAUGCUGUCAUCAACCGGAUGAGCUGCCUAGCAAUGUCUAUUAACUUCACCCUCCCGGGCGAUAACCUUGGCAUUGACGGCCUCGCGGUCUGCGCCGAAUGUGGCUUAUACACGUUUAGCGCACUAGGACUCCAGCCUAUUAAGGUAGAUAAGAGCGCUACUGCUAAAGAGACUUCACGCAAUCAGCGAUCGAUUGUGCCGCAAAAGAGAAUGGCCGAGGGCCGUCAAUGGCCGGAUAGACGCGGUCCUAGGCCUAACUAA